AUUUCCCACCCGCCCUGAACAAUACCCCUUGAGAUUCAUCUUCGUUUGUAAAUUGUAGCUCAACAACUCAGUGAACUGGAGAGACAGUCUACUAGUACUGACUGGAGAAGCUGCAGCGGCUGGAAAGCAAAGGCUUUGGUGGAGGGUGAGCUAGCCUUUUUUGGGAAAAUCUCCCGUUUUCCCACAAGCAGCACAAUGAAGCGAGCAAGAGAAGACGAAGCGGGGGCAGCAGCCGAGGCAGAGCAGCAGCAAGCUGCCGCAAGUAAAGACGAUGCAGAGGAUUCGGACACAGAUGCGGAUGGAGCGUUGGCAAGGCUGGGGGGAAGGGUGAAGAAAAGGGAGGUUGAAUUGAGGAGAGAGUGUCCCUAUUUGGCCACCGUCAACCGGCAGGUUCUCGACUUCGACUUCGAAAAGUUUUGCUCCGUCUCCCUCUCCAACCUCAACGUGUACGGUUGCCUCGUGUGCGGAAAAUACUUUCAGGGCCGAGGGAGAACCUCGCACGCAUAUGUACAUAGCCUAGAGCAGGAUCACCACGUGUUUGUUAACCUCCACACAGAAAAGGUGUACUGCCUUCCGGAUGGCUACGAAGUUCUGGACCCCUCGCUUGAGGACAUCAAGAGCGUGCUGAACCCGCGGUUUACAAAGGACCACGUCGCUCAUCUGGACAGCAACAAGCAGUGGUCGCGCGCUCUGGACGGGUCAGAAUACAUGCCGGGAAUGGUCGGGCUGAACAACAUCAGCGAGACGGACUCGAUCAACGUGGUCAUCCAGUCGCUGCUGCGCGCCACCGCGGUACGCGACUUCUUCCUGCUCCCCGCCAACUACGCCCACGUGCGUUCCCCGCUCGUACAAACGCUUGGAGAGCUCGUGCGGAAAGUGUGGCACCCGCGCAACUUCAAGGGCCAGGUGAGCCCCCACGAGUUCCUGCAAGCGGUUAUGGUGGCGAGCAAGAAGCGGUUCCGCAUCGGCGCGCAGAGCGAUCCCGUCGAGUUUCUGUCGUGGCUUCUCAACACACUACAUGUAGACCUGGGAGGGACGAAGGAUCCAGACAGCAGCAUAAUCUACAAGUGCUUCCAGGGCGAGUUGGAGGUAACGACGGAAACGCCGAUCAAGCCGGGAGCGGAGGCAAUUGCGGGGAAAGGAAAGAGGGCGGACGAGCCCGGGGAAGCGCCCCGGUUCUCGCAGACGACGGCGCGCAUGCCCUUUCUGAUGCUGGGUCUAGAUCUGCCGCCGCCGCCACUGUUCAAAGACGCACUCGAGAAGAACAUCAUCCCCCAGGUUCCCCUUUUCCAGAUCAUCAAGAAAUACGACGGCGAUACAGUCACCGAGAACGUGAAAACCGGUCGGAAGCGCUUCCGAGUCACGAAGCUGCCGCGGUACCUAAUCCUCCACAUGAAGCGGUUCACGAAGAACAGCUUCUUCAUAGAAAAGAACCCGACCAUCGUCAACUUCCCCGUCAAAAACUUAGAGCUCAAGGACUAUAUCGAGGUGCCUCCGGGGGGGUCCAAGUACGAUCUGAUCGCGAAUAUCACGCACGACGGGCGGCCGAAGGAGGGGACGUACCGCGCGUUUGUGCACCGAAAGUCGGAAGACGUGUGGUACGAGCUGCAAGACCUACACGUUACGGAGAUCCUCCCGCAGAUGGUAGCUCUUUCUGAGGCGUACCUCCAGAUCUACGAGCAGCAAAGUAUCCAACCCAAAUAAGUUUACGGCCUACUGCGAUCAUAGCGACCUGGGACACCGGAGGAAAUUAUAGGAACCGUGGAUUUGGAUGUAGCAUUCUGCGCUUUCUACCCCUUGUCUUUCGGGGCACAUGUUCUCGG